UCUCAAUCUUCACAUUCAGAAUCUCGAUCAAGCCACCACCAAUAUUUCGAUUGGUACGGAGCCAUAAUGUGACGGACUUUCGCUAUGGGUUCAGACGGGUCAAGGUAUCGUACAGAUUAUCCAAACAGUCACUGCAUCCGCAUGACAGGUGUUCGGCCGGGGUCAAACCCGGUCGUUCUGAGAUUAUACUGUCAUAACUUGAUCUAGAUAAUACUAGCGAAAGGACAUGCGUUGCAUUGAUUGCCCCCUUUUUGAAAGGAAGAGAGCAUAGUCUCUCAUGCUGACAACUUCUAGUCACCCGAUCUGAUCCUAUCUGAUCGAAAUUUGCCAAGAUGUCUACUGACAAGAUCACGUUCUUGACUAACUGGCACGCGACCCCGUACCACGCCCCCCUGUACCUCGCCCAAAGCAAGGGAUUCUUCAAGGAGGAAGGUCUCAAGGUUGCUCUACUCGAGCCCAACGACCCAUCCGAUGUCACCGAGAUCAUCGGCAGUGGCAAGGUUGACAUGGGCUUCAAGGCCAUGAUUCACACUCUUGCUGCCAAAGCCCGCAACUUCCCCGUGACAUCUAUUGGCUCCCUCCUCGACGAGCCGUUCACUGGAGUUGUCUACCUGAAGGACAGCGGAAUCACCGAAGACUUCCGCUCCCUGAAGGGCAAGAGGAUUGGCUACGUCGGCGAAUUCGGCAAGAUCCAAAUUGACGAACUCACCAAGUACUACGGCAUGACUGCCGAUGACUACACCGCCGUUCGCUGCGGUAUGAACGUGACAAAGGCUAUCAUCAACGGCACCAUCGACGCCGGUAUCGGCCUCGAGAAUGUGCAAAUGGUCGAGCUCGCCGAGUGGCUCGCGUCGCAGAACCGUCCCCGUACAGACGUGCAGAUGCUCCGCAUUGACCAGCUCGCUGAGCUAGGAUGCUGCUGCUUCUGCUCGAUCCUGUACAUUGCCAAUGAUGCUUUUAUUGCCGCGAACCCUGAAAAGGUUAAGAAGUUCAUGAACGCCGUUAAGCGUGCCACUGACUAUGUCCUUGCUGAGCCGGCGAAGGCGUACGAGGAGUACGUUGACAUGAAGCCCAUCAUGGGAACUCCUGUCAACAGAAAGAUCUUUGAGCGCUCGUUUGCGUACUUUAGCCGCGACUUGAAGAACGUUCAGCGCGACUGGAACAAGGUUACGAACUACGGCAAGCGGUUGGGAAUCUUGGAUGCCGAGUUCGUGCCGAACUACACGAACGAGUACCUUUCUUGGACUCUGGACAAGGAUUCGACUGAUCCGCUCGGUGAUCAGAAGCGGAUGGCCAAAUUGCAGGAGCAGGUUGCUGCUGAAGGCGGUUUUCACCGGCUGGAGGUGGCUUCUGCCUAGAAGCUUUAGUAUGAAGGCUGCCUAAGUCGAUCAGCCAGCAAGCAGUGCAUAGUUUGUCGUAGUCACUCUUUAAGUCAAUAAUUAUCAUGAUUAUGCUUUUGAUUC